UAAGCCUGGGGUUUAGCAAUGGUGGUGGCUGAAGAUCAGCCACAGCCAUACUCAGCCCAAAUGGAUUUUCACAGAGAGCUCUUCAAAGUUCCUGUUCUCAGAGAGCAUAAGAAAGAGGCUGUUCUGUGCCCACAGUGUGUGUGGGCUUUGUGGAGAAAAAAAAAUGUGUGGCCUUAUGUGAAUGAAGGAUGCUGUAUGCAGAUUUGGUGGGAAAAGCUGCAGAGUGAAAUCUACUCAAGGAGCUCAUAGGAGUGAAUUGGUCAAUUUCAUGUUGGAUCAACAAGCAUUCCAGAGCCCCUACUAUGUGCCGGGCUCUGAGUUAGAAAAUAAAGCAAGGUCCCUGCUAUGAAGGAAUUCAGUCUAAUGGGGAGAUAGAUGUCCUGUGUAAGAGAUGCCAUGUUUGAGCAAAAGUCAUCCGGGAAGGCGCUGUUUAACCUGAGUUGCAGCCAUCUCAAUCUUGCUGAGAAGGAAUAUUUUGGAUUAGAAUUCUGUAGACAUUCUGGAAAUAAUGUCUGGUUGGAACUUCUGAAGCCCAUUACAAAGCAGGUAAAAAAUCCUAAGGAGGUUGUUUUCAAAUUUAUGGUGAAAUUUUUCCCAGUGGACCCUGGACAUCUGCGAGAAGAGCUUACAAGGUAUCUUUUUACUCUUCAAAUAAAGAAGGAUUUGGCUCUAGGAAGGCUUCCAUGCAGUGGCAACUGUACAGCACUGAUGGUAUCUCACAUCUUACAAUCAGAACUGGGAGACUUUCAUGAAGAAGCAGAUAGGAAACAUCUGGCGCAGACUCAAUACAUACCAAACCAGGACUGUUUGGAGAGCAAGAUCAUGCACUUUCAUCAAAAGCACAUUGGCAGAAGCCCAGCUGAAUCUGAUGUUCUGCUACUGGAUAUAGCGAGGAAGCUGGAUAUGUAUGGCAUCAGACCUCACCCUGCCAGUGAUGGUGAAGGGACUCAGAUCCACCUGGCUGUUGCUCACAUGGGAGUACUGGUGUUACGGGGAAACACAAAGAUCAAUACUUUCAACUGGGCUAAAAUCCGCAAGUUGAGUUUUAAGAGAAAGCAUUUUCUCAUCAAACUUCACGCCAACAUCUUGGUGUUGUGCAAGGACACCUUGGAGUUCACCAUGGCCAGCCGAGAUGCCUGCAAGGCUUUCUGGAAGACGUGUGUGGAGUACCAUGCUUUCUUCAGACUUUCUGAAGAGCCCAAAUCAAAGCCCAAAACCCUACUCUGCAGCAAGGGUUCCAGUUUCCGCUAUAGCGGAAGAACCCAAAGACAACUUUUAGAAUAUGGGAAAAAAGGAAGGUUGAAGAGCUUGCCAUUUGAAAGGAAACAUUACCCAUCUCAGUACCAUGAACGGCAGUGCAGGUCCUCACCAGACCUCCUCUCCGAUGUGUCAAGACAAGUGGAAGACUUGAGACUAGCAUAUGGCAGUGGGUACUACCGAAACGUGAAUGGAGUGCACGCGUCGGAGCCUGUGCUAGACAGCAGGAGGAGAAACUCUGCAGUGGAGGUGACAUUCGCAGCUGAGCUGGAGUGUUCCAAACCAGUGGCAGAUCCCAUAUUGUUACAUCAGUCCCAAAGCAGUUCCUCUUUCCCUUUUAUUUAUACAGACCCUGUCUUUAACACUGACCCUGACCCUGACACUGACCCCAGAGACUACUUUGAGGAAAGGAGCCCUCUAAGCUCCUUCCAAACAAGCUGUAAGUUUGCUGACAAUCACAUGAGCACAUCUUCUGGCCUUACAAGGAAAGUGAGUCCAGCAAGGCAGCUGACUUACACAGACGUGCCCUAUAUUCCUUGUACUGGUCAACAGGUUGAUAUCAUGCCCCCUCAAGUCUUUUUUUAUGUAGACAGACCACCCCAGGUUCCCAGACAGUCUCCAAUCAUUACAGAGGAAAGGGAAAGGCCAGACACCUGUCUAGAGCCCACUGCAAAGAAGCCAGCCAAAAGAAGCCCAAGAAAUAUCAGAAUGAAGAGCUUUCAGCAAGACUUUCAAGAACUCCAAGAAGCUAUGGCCAGGACUAGUGGUAGGAGCAACCUCAAUGUAGAUCUAGAAGAGGAAGACCCAAAUUUAGAAGAUGCAUCUGCAUAUAAUAUUCAAAAACAAACCCCUAAACGUUCCCAGAGCCAGUCAGACAUGAAAACUAUCCGUUUUCCUUUUGGGUCAGAAUUUAGACCUUUAGGCCCUUGUCCUGCUCUGAGUCGUAAAGCUGAUCUGUUUACAUACAUGUUUGCAGAGCAGGAGUUCCCACAAGUUCUAAUGGAUCAGGGAGCAGCAGAAAGGUAUGUGGCUAGUGAAUCUAGUGAUUCUGAAUCAGAGAUUCUUAAACCAGACUACUAUUCUUUGUACGGCAAAGGAAUAAGGUCGCCUGUGGCCAGAAUCCGCUUGUCUUCUGGUAGUCUACAGCUAGAUGAAGAAGAUGAAGAUAUUUCUUUCAAAGCACCAGCUGCUGAAGACAGGACUUUGCUAAAACCGUGUAAUUACUUUCUAGCUUAAAAGUGUGAACACCAUGAACAUUUCUGGGCCAGGUCUAUGUUACCAACUUAGGUAAGAAAUAAGGAACCUUCUGCAUAAACCAUUUUCUUAGUCACUGUUCAUUGGCAUUAAGCGCAUUUUCUAAGUUUGGGCAUGUAGCCUUUUUUAUAAAAAAGAUCCAGCUGCUGCCUCAUUCCUGAAGCUCCAUUCUUCAGUUCCCUCUGAGGGCUCUGAAAUCUGCUGUCUCCACACCAGCACUGUGGUGGGAGAGGUGGGAUUUGUCAUCUCCAUUGUACAGUUCCUUAUAGACAUUAUCAGUGAAAGUCAGGUUCUUCAGUACUGAAGAAUGGUGACUGUAUGGGUUGGCUUAUAGAAUUGGCUUCUAGUGUCAUUUAGUGAUUUAGUAGAUUGUGACUGUGUCAGUCAUUUUGUUCUUAUAUAGUACUAUGACUAAAGGUUCCAGUAAAAAUGGUCUUGUUGUCUGUUAAGGACUCCAAUUUUUAUAACAUAUAGUACAGGGAGCAUGGUCCUCCUAUCCCUCAGGAACAAGAUGGUAGUGUAAGCCUCUCAUCAGAACACAAGCUUAAAAUUCAUCUAGGACCUGGAAGAAUUCUAAAUCUCAGAAAUUCACAAAUUAAUCAAUUUCUAAAGCCGGACAUAUGCCUGAUGAGGAUAUUAUGAUCUUUGACUUAUUACUUCUCU